AUGGCGAUCUGUACUUAUAACGCACGUACGCUUGCAUCGGAAGCGGCCAUCGAAGAUCUGAUGAUGCAAGUAAAGAAGAUCAAGUACGACAUCAUCGGACUGACCGAGACGAGACGACGUCACCUUCUCAACGCCGUAUAUGAAACUGGAGAAGAACUGUUCUUAGGUACAUGCGACAGUAGAGGUGUUGGUGGAGUUGGCGUCCUCGUCAACACGAGUAUGGCAAAGAACAUCGACUCUUUUGAACAACUUACGACCCGAAUCGGACGUCUGCGGAUGAGAAGAUGUGGCCCAACACCAGCUUUGACUAUCUUCGUCGCUUGCGCUCCAACAUCAAGCUACGAAGAAGAAGAAGUCGAAGCUUUCUAUAUGGACCUGGAGAAGUUCUACCGAGAAGACCAUGCCUUCUACAAAGUCAUAAGAAGAACGCCUGAGGAACUUCACAUCGGGACCCACGGCUUACAAUGGAAUGACCAGGGGGAGAGGCUCUCUGAGUUCAUCAUGACGACUAAGACCAUCCAUGGGAACUCGCAAUUCCAGAAACCCUCCUCUCUACGCUGGACGUGGGAGUCAGCCGAUGGAGAGUAUCGUAAUGAAAUAGACCACAUCAUCGUCAAUAAAAGGUUCUGCCUGACGGACGUCGGUGUUGUACCAAAGUUCUAUACGGGAUCGGACCAUCCCCUCCUCCGAGGAAGAUUUUCCUUCACAAGGAGAGCAGAGAAAGCCGCAAAGUUCAGAGAGAGAGAAAUCCCAGGACUACCAUCAACUGGGAUCUCUUCGCUACGCUAG